GACCGCGGGCCUUCUUCCUUCAGAUUUCAGAAUGCCUGGAUACACCACAACCAGUUCCUCCAAGUGGUAAAGGACAGUUGGACUAAAAGUCUCACCUGUGGUGGCAUGCGUGGACUAGUGGCCAAACUUAAAGAUCUAAAGGUUUGUCUAAGGGAGUGGAACAAGAAGGAGUUUGGGAAUAUUUUUGCUAAUUUAACUAUGGCAGAGGAUCAAGCCACCCAAACCCAGCUGCGUUAUGAGGAAGACCCAUCUGAAGCAAACCGAGAGAAAGCCCAGGAGGCUAAUGCCAAGCUGCUACUAGCUACACACAAAGAGGUGGCAUAUUGGAAGCAAAAAGCUAAUGCUAGAUGGCUUGAAUAUGGGGACUGCAACUCCAAGGCUUUUCACGCCUUUGUCAAUGGGAAACGAAGGAAGCUGGCCAUUAAUCAUAUUAUCUCGGAAGAUGGAAAAGGACUUUUCUCUCAACAAGAUAUCUGCGGGGAAGCCACCACUCACUUCACUAAGCAGUUUAAGGCCCUCUCCACCCCCAACCCUCUUCAUCCCCUUUCACAUAUCCCUUGGCUUAUUACUGACAGUGACAAUAACCUGCUAAGUAGCCUUCCUUCAAUGGAGGAGGUUCGGCAGGCAGUUUGGGAGCUUGACAGCAGCAGCGCCUCGGGUCCGGAUGGUUUCAACGGGAUUUUCUUCCGCUCUUGUUGGGAAAUUAUAAAAGAGGACAUGCUCAAAGCCUCCCAAGAAUUUUUCUUAGGGUUCCCCAUCCCUCAGGCCUAUGGUAGUACUCUUAUUACCCUUAUUCCAAAGAAGGAGAGUCCUAAAUGCUUCGAUGACAAUAGGCCUAUCUCCCUUA